AUGAAUAUGAAGAAUAAAGCAAAAGAAGAAGAAAACAAUAGCUCUAACGAUUCAUCAGAAGUGACCAAGGAGUCGCAGAGAAAAGAUUAUAUUCAUGUUCGUGCACGGAGAGGCCAAGCCACUGAUAGCCACAACAUUGCAGAACGAGCUAGAAGAGAAAAGAUCAGUGAGAGAAUGAAGUAUCUUCAAGCUUUAGUUUCUGGAUGCGACAAGAUCACAAGCAAAGCAGGGACACUUGAUGAGAUCAUUAAUUAUGUUCUCUCUCUUCAGAGACAAGUCGAGUUCUUAUCGAUAAAAUUAGCAGCUGUGAGUCCAAGGUUGGAUCUAGAUAUCGAUGACAUUUUUGCCAAAGAGGUUCUCUCAGCUCCAAUGGCGAACUUACCAAGCAAUGUGAUGCCAUCUCAUGAGAUGGUUAACUUCGUUUAUCCUCAUGAAAUGGUUAAUUCCGAUUAUUUUCAUAUCAAUCUAAUGCAGCAAGGGGUUACCAGUUCUAAUCCACCACUGCCAUGUUUUAACAACGGUCAAGCUCCUUUCAUGUGGGAACCUGAUGUGCAGAAUCUGUAUAGCAGUCUAGGUGUUUGA